ACUGCAGGUAUGACCAGUACUAUAUUACAUUAUGUUCCAAUGCUUAUACUGAAGUUUGUUAAUUUUAUCAUAAAACUGCUUAAAUUUUCCUCACAGAUGCUGCAGACUCUGUCAAACCAGAUUAAUGAUUUCUCAAGACAGGAAUGAGAAUUUGUCCAACAACAAAGACACAAAUACUGAAUUAUUUGUUGCUGAUUUAUUGUGAGUGGAAUGGAAAACAGUACAGUUUCCUUUUACUUUAACCUCACCAUGUUUGUGAACAUUGGACACUACCGCUAUCCAGCCUUUGUUUUUUGCCUCUUGCUCUACAGCUUUAUUGUCUCUGCUAAUCUUGUCAUAAUACUGGUGAUAUCUCGAGAAAGAACACUACAUGAGCCCAUGUAUAUGUUUAUUGCUUUGUUAUCUGUGAACGCUUUGUAUGGGUCUUCUGGUUUCUUCCCCAGAUUCCUCAUGGACCUUCUGUCUGAUUCUCAUUUGAUCUCACGUCCAGCUUGUUUCACUCAGAUCUAUAUUAUUUACACAUAUGCUUCAUAUGAAGUGACCAUUCUGAGCAUUAUGGCAUAUGAUAGAUAUGUUGCUGUUUGUCAUCCUUUACACUAUCACAGAAAGAUGACCUCUAAAACUGUUUUAAAGUUGGCAGCAUUGGCUUGGAGUUUUCCAGCCUUUGGUCUCAUGGCAUUAAUUUUUUUGUCUGCCAGGCUUCCUUUAUGUGAUAAUGAGAUACAAAAAGUGUUCUGUGCCAACUGGAAUGUUGUAAAAUUAUCAUGUGUUAACACUUAUGUCAACAACAUUUAUGGUUUGCUUUUGACCAUAACUACAGUUUUCUUUCCCUUUUUUUAUGUCCUGUAUACCUAUUUGCAAAUUGUAGUUGUUUGCUGGAAAAGCUCAGCAGAAUUCAAAGGGAAAGUAUUACAGAGCUGUCUGCCACAUAUUGUUUCAUUUGUGAUUUAUUCCAUUACGGGAUUUUGUGAUAUUGCCUUGAGCCGGUAUAAUCUUGAAGAGAUAAAUCCAUUUGUGGCUGUAAUUCUGUCACUAGAGUUUGUUAUUAUUCCUCCAGUUCUGAACCCUCUCAUGUAUGGCCUUAAAUUACCAGAAAUUAGAAGACACAUUUUAAGGAUGUUAAAAUAGCAUAAAAUAAUGUCUUAAAAAAGAUCAGUUAGAACCACACCACAGCAUAUUGUAUAGCACAGACUAUGGGAACACAUUAAUCUACAGAGGCUAUGAACUGUGUGUCAGUGCAAAUAAAAAGCAUUUGACAUUUUAAUUGACUCUCACAAGAAAGCUUAAGGAGAAUGGAGACCAGACUAACAAGACAAACUGAACAUGCUAUUUCACAUUUUUGUAACAUAAAAAUGUUACCAGUCCUUAGCCAGUGUAAACAUGUUUGGUUAUGCUUCAAUAAGAAAUAAAUAAAGCUCUUAAAGAAAAAAAAGUAAAUACCAGUGUACCUAUCCACCCCACCACCAACAACAUAUUACUUUGAAGUGCCACCACUUUUUCUAGGGGUCAAUCUAUGACUUAUUUUCCAAGCACAUAACACAUAUUGGUAUUUUAUUUUAAGUGGCCUCAUUUUCACCACAAAAUUUCAGGAACUCAGGCUAUGUGUGAAUGAUCAAGUGUUGGACAUAAUAGUUUUGAUUUAUUUUGAAAACAAUACAAGAUCAUGUCUUCUAAUAUAGCAUACAUUUUUAUGGUAAGAUCUUCCUGACAUUUGUUUCAAUCUGUACAUACAUUACACUGUAAUACACUGUAUUAAGA